AUGCCGAAGCCCUCGCUGCUGCUGCGGGGGAGCCGCCCCGGGGACAGCGAGCUGGGGCGGCAGUUCCGGGACUGGUGCCUCCGCACCUACGGGGACUCGGCCAAAACCAAGACAGUGACCCGGAGCAAGUACCAGCGCAUCGCCGAGGUGCUGCAGGGGGGGGCCUGCUCGGGCACCGGCUCCGGCGGGGGGGAGAAAGGCAAGUUCCAGUUCUGGGUCCGGUCCAAGGGCUUCCGGCUGGGAAGCGGCACCCGGGAGGCGGCGAAGAUGGGUCAAGUGGUGUAUGUGCCGGUGAAAACGGGAACGGGGGCAGAUGGACUGUCGGAGCCUGAGGGCAUCUCUCUGAAACGCGUUGCUGUGGUGGAAGAUUUCUUUGACAUCAUCUACUCGAUGCAUGUGGAGAGCUCAGCAGAGCCAGGCAAAGCACCCAAACAUGCUGGCCAGAAGAAAACCUAUCGAGCGAUUGCAGAGACCUAUGCUUUCCUUCCAAGAGAAGCUGUGACCAGGUUCCUGAUGAGUUGCACUGAGUGCCAGAAGAGGAUGCAUUUUAACUCCAAUGGACUGGAGCCCAAAGAAAAUGAGCCACCCUCCUCUUUGGUGUCUGGAAUCAUUGACUACAACAUGCCUCUCACCUCCACCUAUCUGAAGCAAAUGAAGCUGCGGGUCAUGAAUUCGCAGGAGCAGGAUGAGACAUCGGUGAGUAGUGAGGAUUUUGAUAUGAAUGACUCCACAUGGAUCUCAGCUGACCAGCAUCUUAACUCCAGUUUGAGCCCCAGUCAGGACGAGAGCAUGCGCAGCCCUCAGAAUCUCCACAGCCAGGAGGAUGAUGAUUCCUCAUCAGAGAGCUGCAGUGGGAACGGCUCCUCCACCCUGAACCCUUCCACCUCCAGCAGUACGCAGGGAGACAGCACCUUCCCAGAAAUGAAUGGGAAUGGAACUGCUGCUCCCAUGGACUUCACUGCUUCAGCCGAGGACCAGCCCAUCAACCUGUGUGACAAGCUCCCGCCUGCCCAUGUCACUCCUUCCUACCAGUCAGACAGCUGUGCCGACGGGCUGCGGAGCCGGGUGAAGUACACAGCAAAGACUACAGCCGAGUCCCCUCCAUACAGUUCUGGCAGUUAUGACUCCAUCAAGACCGAGGUCAGUGGCUGUCCGGAGGACCUGACCAUUGGCAGAGCGCCCACAGCAGAUGAAGAUGAUGACGACCAUGACGACCACGAGGAUAACGAUAAGAUAAAUGACUCAGAGGGGAUGGAUCCAGAGCGGUUAAAGGCCUUCAAUAUGUUUGUGCGCCUUUUUGUGGACGAGAAUCUGGACCGAAUGGUUCCCAUCUCCAAGCAGCCCAAAGAGAAAAUUCAGGCGAUCAUUGAGUCCUGCAGCCGACAGUUCCCUGAGUUCCAGGAGAGAGCUCGCAAACGUAUUCGCACUUACCUCAAAUCCUGCCGCCGUAUGAAGAAGAACGGCAUGGAGAUGACCAGACCCACCCCACCACAUCUGACCUCAGCCAUGGCAGAAAAUAUCCUCGCAGCUGCAUGCGAGAGUGAAACACGGAAAGCAGCCAAGAGAAUGCGACUGGAGAUAUAUCAGACAUCCCAGGAUGAGCCGAUCGCCUUGGAUAAGCAGCACUCCAGAGAUUCCACAGCCAUCACGCACUCUUCCUAUUCACUGCCAGCUUCAUCUUACUCCCAGGAUCCGGUCUACAUCAACGGAAGUUUGAACUACAGUUACCGUGGCUAUGGGACCCUUGGAGGCAGCCUGCAGCCACCCACUUCACUGCAAACAGGGAACCACAGUAACGGUCCUACUGAUCUCAGCAUGAAAGGUGGGGCCUCAAGUACAGCCCCUUCUAACAGCACCAGCAGGGGGAUGCCAACUGCUCAGCUCAGCCCCACAGAGAUCAGUGCAGUGCGGCAACUGAUUGCCGGCUACCGAGAAUCAGCGGCUUUUCUUCUUCGGUCUGCAGAUGAACUGGAAAACCUCAUUUUACAGCAGAACUGACUCCUGGUAUCUGUAUAGCUCCUGUGGCAGAAGACAAUUUACACCCUUUGGAAACAGGCUCCCACUGGUAUCCUGCUCAGGACUAACCAUCGUCCUCCCACCCAGUAGCUGGUACAUUUAGUUUUUAAAAGGUGGAACCCAGAACUGUUUUCUUUCACACUCCGAGCACUUGGGGCACAAGGACACAUUUUUGACUCUCUCAACAUAGGUGCGCCUAGCUGAGCAGAAGGCAAACCUACAGCUUGGAUGGGUGGGGAUUUUUUUAGGGUGGAAGGGAGGCUUGGGGCUGCAGAUGUAUUUAGAAUAACCUUUGUGGACCCCAAUGUUAGAAUCACAUCCCCAGAUAAUUACCUUUCAAGGUCUUAGGUGAGCAGAAUUGCAUAUUUAUUGAGAAAUGGACCCUCCUCUCCCCUUAGUAAUUUAUUUUUCUGAAAAUGGAUUAUUUUGAGUUUGUACAGAUUGCCAGUUGUGUGUCCGUCUGAUCAGAAGGAAUUUAUUCCUGUGAAAUAACACAUUCCGGAUCACUACACUACUAAUGGCUGAGCAGCUACACCUGGGAGAGACCCCUUUCCACGGGGUGCAAGUUUCCCAACUAGUCCUAGAACUUCUAGGCUGCUUGACCUCCAGCAAGCUUAGGCAGAAGCUGAACAAUGAAGAAAGAGUGUCUUGUUAGACCUUUAUGCUAAGCAGUCCUGUAGCAGCAGCAAUGGGGCCAAUAUCUCCUGCACAGACUCAGCAAGCUCAGUAGACCUUCAGCUGGAAGGACCUCUCACACUCAUUUAGCUCAGUGCAGAGCAAAACAGAAAAUAUCUGAGAACCACUGUCACGCAUUCACCAUCCAUAUUCUACCUCACACUUCAUUGUGGGCUUUUUCCAGGACUCAGGGGGGUUCUGAACAGUUCACCCUAUAAUGUGGAUGACUAUGAUGUGCAUCCAAGACUGGGGAGCAGAUGGACAACUGACCCAAGCUGGCUCCCUUUUUUGUUCAGAAGAGAAGGAAGGACAUGCACUGCUGAUGGACAGCAGCUCACUGCAGCAAUGGAUGAUGUCAAACCUCUCCUCAGUGAGGAAUCUCAGGCUGUCUCCACAAGUAUAUGUGAAACUAGCGCGGGGGGCAGCAGCAAGAGAAUUGUUUAGAGAAACACAUGUGAAUAAUAAAGACUAGUGCAGACUUUUAGGGAGAAAAGUAAACUACUUCAGUGAAACAAGCAGCUCAUUCCUACUCAAAAGGAAAAUUAGGAGACAGCAGCAGAAAGGGUGGACAUUCUCCCCAGGGCCCAGGCACCCUCCUCAUCCCCCCAGUAACAGUCCUGGGAAAAGCUCACAAUUCCUAAAGUGUGGGGAAAAAAUUGGCCUGAUUACCAUUGCUGUUUCUCCCCAACUCCCACCCUCUCAAAAACCAAGACCAAUGCACUUCCCUUUGCUCAGUGCAAUACCUACUACCAGUGCUGCUAAAACCAGGGACUUUGCUCAGGCAUCAAGAUGCUGAGCAGGGCCAAGCAAUGCAACAUAGUCUGUAGCCAUAAAAAGCAGCAGAUAAUUGCUGCCUAAGAAUCGGUGAGAAGAAGUCUCACCCUCUCCCUUGUCAGUGCUGGCAAAAUUCUCCUCCUGUCCUCCUUUCUAGGGCAAGAACCACAAGCAGCAGCACCAGAUAGACUUGAAUAUUAAAAUAAUUUUGAUCAUUUUAAAUGCAGGUGGUUUCCUUCUCAGAUGUUAGCUCCUUUUAGACCAAUGUAUUGAGAACUCACUUCCGUGAUGAAGGUUUCUGCUCUGCAGUGGUGGUCCACAUUGUUUCCCUUUCCCUCCCCAUCCUACAGAAAUAACCAUACUAGCACAUGGGUUUUACACUUUCAAGUAGCACAGGUUGGGCUCCAGCCUCAAAUAGUUUUUCCAAGAACCUUUUUACCAAAUUAGUUUCCAUUCAUACUAGUGGGAAAACUAUGCUGGCUAAAAAACAAGGCCCUAUCCCUUUCCUUAGCUGUAACGUAGACUAGGCUUCUGGCUCUCUAGAACAGGACUGCCCAGCCAGCCCCAAAAGGGAUUAACUAGUGCACUGACCAUUUUCCCCAAAGCCUGAACUCUCCCCAGCAGCUGGAGAAAAAGGAUUUAAUUCCUGACUGUUUUCUACACUCAGACAGCCCUUGCAGGGAGACGGUGGUGGUUUUGUUGUAAAUCAGAGUUGAUUCCCUUCAUUUUAACAUGAGCCAACAGGGUGGUUCUUUGGGAACAUUCUAACAUUUUGGUUCUUUGGACUAGAGGCAAAAUCUGACCAACUUCCAGGGAGUGUGGGUCAGUAUCAGAGCCAAGGUGUCUGAGAACAGAAUGACCACGCAGAAGUCCAAAUGUCAGGUCCGCACUUUCCCCAGCACUUCACAAGCCUGCAUGAUUUGUCCACAGCAUCCUCCCCUACUUUGAAUUUAUGUAAAUAUUUAUUUUUGUGUGUACAAUACCAUGAAGUAGCAAACCUUUUACAAAAUGUUAACCAGUCAUUUGUGAAAGUCUUAAUGUUAAAGAGAGGCAGAGACAAUCGCUGUCCCAGAAUUCUCUAUAUAAAUUACUUAAUUCUUGCCUCCACUCCUUUCAAGAGGCCAUCAAGAACAUGUAGCCAUAAAUUUGCCAGCCAAUUAACCAACAAAGACAUUGCCCAGGGGCUUAUUAUAACAGAUCAACAUCAGCUGCAGUUUGUUUAAAACUGUAUUUAUGCAACAUCUAGCUGUUUUAGCCAGCUCACCCUGGAACUUCAUGUUUAGUAGCUCUUCGUAUUUAAACCACUGGCAGAACACAGUUGAGACUUAGAUUGCAUAGGAAGAAGACUUGACAGCCUAGUCUGUAACAUCAACUAAUGUUCAUAACCUGCAGCUGGAUGGUACAAACUCAGAUUUCUGAAGCCUUGAUGACAGUAGUACUUGUGACAAGUUGUGAAACAAAUGGGAUCCACUACAUAUUGGUGUUAGGGAAACUUAUGUAAACUGCAUCUUUAGUCUCUUUGGAGCCAUCUCCAGAGAGUAUCUCAGUGCUCUAACUGAUCCUUACUCAGUAGUGGUCCUUCUCUACUCAAAGGCUGGUUCACAGCCAUCUUCCUAAGUUUUCACUAGAUAUUAAAGAGUUAGGAAUCUCAAUUUACGAUUCUCAAUCAGAAGGAAUGAGCAGGAGCAAAAUACCCUGGCUUUCCAGGCUUUGUGAGAGACAAAAGGAGAGCACUGGGUUAGCAGAUGGUCUGGAAAACCAGUGAUGGAGAAGAUAAACCUCUUGUCUUAAACAUCAUCACUACCACCUGUACACAAGGAAUGUUCAGUUCCCAAUGACAGUGUUUCAGCAAGGGGAAGUGUUCACAGGAUUCCCAGCAGACGUGACCUGUACCUCCCCACUCAAAAGGGCCACCUUCUUCCCACAGGUGGCCGUAGGACUUAGUACCAGUCAUUUAUAAAAUGCUGCUUUGAACUCAGAGAGUUAAUAUACUUUUGAUUUGUAAUUUUUUGUAAAAACUUUUUACAAGGUAGCAUAGUAUUUCACCAGAAUACCAACUACAAUCCGUCCAUGGUCUGAUUUUUAUAUAAUUUAGUGGUGCUUUAGAAACUUUUGUUUGGUUGUUUCAGAGCUGUACAGCUCAGUUCUUCGCCUGUAUCUACCUAAGACCAAUGUGAACCUUUGUAUUUUUGCUCCUAAUUUUGGACUCAGUGAAAGUGUACUGUUUACAUGUACAGAACUCCCAGCCCCUGUGUGUUCUGCAAGACCUGCUGUUGAAGAGGAAGAUGUACCUCAGCCAGUUCAUCUGCUUAGCAAAGCCACAGAGACACUGACACAUACUCAACCACCUUAAAAACACAAACCUGGGAUGUGCUGCAAGAGAUUUCAGCGUUUGCACAGCCUCACACACUUUUAAGUGAUCAAUUUGAAAAACAGCUAUAGCUUAAAAUUUGAGAGCUGAUCUGAGAGGGUGAGGUGACCGUAAACAGCCAGGACCUGAAACAGAAAUAGAACCAUAUGAUGGUGCUGUUUCACCACCUUUCCUCCCUGACAUCCCAGGCAUGAAGGUGAACGCUACUAGCUGACUUUAGGGUUCCAGUUGAGUCUAGAAGAAUGCUCAAGCCUAGUGGAGGCCAGGGAGAAGCGGGAAACCCCUUUCCUUCAGCACAAUUGAACACAUUUUUACUGAUUCAUGAUUAAAUCAUCUAAGAUGUCGAUUUCAAAUAAAAAUGCUAGGAGAGUAUUUCUCUCUAGAGACACCGGAGCUCCUAAAUGGAGCAGGAGGCAGCUCGUUUAGAAAGUCAGUACAAUGGGGGGGGGGGGGGGACAGGGUGCGCUCAGAUACUGAGCAUAUGGCACUUAAACCACCAUGGAAAGAUAAUUCAACUUCAAGGCGACACUUUAUUGUUUAAUCAAUUGAUUAAUUUCUAAAUGAUAUUUUUGCAGAUAGGCACCUAUGCAACUUAAUGUGGCUCUUUUAAGCAGAUGAGCACUUCCUCCUCAAUAAGCUCUAUAAAAAUUUGUGUUAUAUACUGUGGAUUUUUCCAGUAAGUGUGGCUUAAUAUUUUAAUUCUUAGAAUGUGUGUCUAUUAUAUGUGAUGCAACUUAAUUCUGUUCUGUUUGUGGAAUGAUUAGCACAGGCCAACUCCCUGUCCCCCUCACUUAACAAAGACCAAUGAGCUGUUAAUCAAGCUGUUAUUUCCAUGGUAUUACUUGCUAAAUGCACUGAUUUCAUAAGUAUGUGGAAUCCUUUUUUUCUUUUGAAUCUGUAUAUCAUAUAUAAGACUGAAUCUACUUAAUAAACACUGUAUAACAAACAGGA